AUGGCUUCAAAUUUAACACUAUGUGUUGACACUUUAUUUCGUGACAUAAAUAUUUUCGAAUGCUUAAUUAGUCGUAUAAUAGGAUCAGUUAUAAUAUUUAUAUCAAUGAUUUCAAUAACAUUUAACAUUCGUUUCAUUUAUUGGUCAUCAUAUCAUCGACAUCUUCGGUUUCGUCAUUAUUCAUUAGUAUUAUCAAUGAUUUUAUCAUCAAUGUCAGUAAUCAUUGUGAUAGUACCAUCAGUAUUUAUCCAAUGUUUAUCUUGUUAUCGAUGGUGCUCACCAUUUUAUUGUCAACUUGAAGGUUUUGUUUCAUAUUUAAAUGGUUGUGUUCAUAUGUUUAUGUUAAUGAUGAUAUCAAUUAUUCGUUAUGCUAUAGUUUUUGAAACGAAUAUACAAAAUCGAUUUAUUGAUCAAAAUUCAUAUUGGACAGUUAUAAUUAGUUGGUUAUGUGGUCUGAUUUUUGCAUUACCACCAUUAUUUAAAUGGAAUAAAUAUACACCUGAAGGAAUUGGUUUUCAUUGUGGAUUAGAUUGGUUUGAUCGAUCACUUAGUUCACGUAUCUAUUUUAUUCUAGCUUUUGCAUUUAUUUAUUUUAUUCCAUUUAUUGUAUUAUUAAUUAUUAAUUUAUAUGUUUAUUGUAAAAUUCGAUGUUUACUUUAUGCCACAGCAAGAAUGAUAAAAACUGAUCUUGGUUUAAAUUUUUCUUAUGAAAAACAUCAAUCAACUUCGUGUAGUUCAUCAUCAAACAGUAGCCCAAUAACAAAAUGCAAAAACUCUCGUUUUCAUACUGAAGCAAAUGCAAUGAAUGUAAGUUCUCGAUUAGCUGUUCGUCAAACACGUACCUUUCAAAUGAAUUGUCUUAUGCAAUUAAAUCGUUUAAAGGCUGAUCGACGUUUUGCUUUCGCAACAAUAUUUUUAGUUAGUGAAUAUUUACUUAGUUGGACACCAUAUGCUAUUAUGGCUUUAUUUUAUUUAUUUAAUGUAAAGUAUAUUAAUCAACAAUCAGUAUUAAUGACAAUAUGUGCAUUUACUGCCAAAACUGCAAUGAUUUUAAAUCCACUUAUUUAUUUAGCAACAAUAAAAACUAAUAUAUUCAAAUCGAUGUUGUGGUGUAGUAAAUGUUCGUGUUGUUAUUGUCGAAUUAAAAGAAAAACCAUAGUUAGAUAA